AUGAACUCGAGAACGACGAGAGCGAAACCACAGCCAAUAACAACUGAAACAGCAACCAAAGCCCAGAGAGAAACUCUGACAGAUAGUAUCCAGCAAAUUUGCACGACUUCAAAAACAGUGCAAGUUGGAAAAACUUGUCAAACUCAGCAACGAAGAGCAGGAAAUGAUGGAACUUACCUGGCUGGAGAUUACCUGGCAGAAACAACAUUCGCCAAAACGAAACUGGAAACGCAGAAUGUCGGCAGGAAUAAUAGACCAACGUUACCAUACUGCGCCAAAGUCGGAAUGGCGAAAAACAUCCCUAUCCACGUCCCAGGUCUUAGUUAA